ACAGAUGAAGAGAAUGAAGUGAUGGCAGUCAGUGAACCAGAACUUUAUGAUUUUGCAUUUAGAUGUGUAGUCCAUGCCGUGGUUCAUUGUAUUAUACAGUCUACUGCUCCAAGGGCUGGUAUGUUGUCUGGUGGCCAGUCAGGAGGUGGAGAGAUUGAUAGCCUUCAUAGAGUUUCUACUGAUAGACAGACUGAAAGUGUUAGUCCCUUGUCUGAAUCACAUACCACAGAAAGGGGUGAGAUAGCUGACAAUACUCAGUAUAGACCUCCAACUACUACAGGUCAGAAUGGACAUGCUGAUGAUACCCAUAAUGCUUCUCUACAUUCCAUGACACCUACUGUUAUUUACUCAGAAGUAUCUGAACCUGUACUGGUGGGGAGUGUAACAGCUAGAAUACAGUUUGAAAACCAGAUGUACAAUGUUCCUCCCAGAGGCAUAUAUGUUUCAAAAUUUCUUAGACAGAUAUAUCAAGAUGAUGAAGGAAUAUCUAGUACUGAGCAGCAUACAGUUCCAGUUUCAAGGUCAUACCAAACUCACUCUGACACAAGCAGGAUGAUGUCAAGGUCAAGAAAUCAUCAGAGAAGUUCCAGAUUUGAGGAAGAUUUUGAUGGGAGGAGGCAAGUACCACAACAGAUGGAUGGUCUCUAUAAUGAAUGGAAUGAAAUCAGUAGUGAGCAGUAUGGAGACUUGGAGGGCAAUGAAAAUAAACACCACUUUAGAUAUGGAGUGAGGGAAAAACCAAGUGAAUUAAGAAGUAGGGAGAACAGUGGUCACUUAAUGAGAGGUGGAGGGAGGUACAACAGACCUGAAAACAGAAGACAUUAUGUACCCAAGCAGACAGCAGAUCUGGGAACACAGGAUCAAUAUUGCAGACAAGGAAGGGGGGAAAGAGGAAAGAAAAGAGAUAAUAAUGUAAGGGACCAGAGUCAGCAAAGUAGUACAGACAGUCACUCUUUUAAUCAAGCAGCUGGUGCAAGAAAUACUCAUUCGUACAGUGAAACAUAUUCCAGUCAUUCAAACAGUAUACCACAUUCCAGUAACAUUGACAAAGAAUAUGAAGACAGAAAGUCAGACCAAACACAGAAAAAGACAGAUAUGAAAGGGCAAACAUCUUCUCUCUCAACAGGCCAUAGUACAGUAGAAACUGGUCAAGUUAGACAGGUAUACAGUAGACAUGAAAGAGACAGACAGGUCAACAAUAGGAAGAGACAGGAAGUGCACAAUAGAAGGGAAAGAAACAGACUGGUCCAUACCAGACAAAGUCCAGUAUUACAUAGUAGACAAGAUAGAGGCCAAGAGAUCAACACUAGACAAAAUGGAGCAGUACAUUGCAGAAGUGAAAGAGACGGUCAUAUCACAGCGGGAGAAAGGGACCCACAGUUCAACCUUAGUCACAACAGAGAAAACAAUGGGAGUGGAUCAUCCUUUAAUUUAGCAAAUCUCAGUACCAGAAACUCUGGUCAAAGUGAAGAACAUCGUAGGAAUGUUGAUAAUGCGACCGAGGGAGGAAGGAUUCGUAGUCAGGUAGACACUAACCCUGGACCUCUGGCCACACUCUUCCAACAGCUCUUACACCAGUUUUACCAGGAGGUCAUGAUGUGGAUAUUUGUAACUACAGUAUGGCAUCCUGAUCAAGAAAACCUUAGACACAUGCUCAACACUAUUGCAGAUAUCAUCCAGGAGCCAUGUGUUUCUGUGACAACCAGCAUGGUGCAGGGGUUUAUGGUGGGGACCAGUAUAAGCCAUGCUGGCCAUUUCCAGCUUUUGAUUCAGAUUUUGAAUUCGCUCACUGCAUACCACUUGCUCUCACCAACCCUGACCUCUUUGUUCAGGGUACAGAGCGUUGUGUUCAGCAUAAACCUAGCUCCGCGGCAGCUACUUCAUAGAUUUUCUGACAUUGUGAGGAAUGCCAUGAUCGUCAUGAUACAGCAGCACAGUGCACGAAUUAUUGACCAACCAGGAUGCCCGGGCACACGCAGGCGAACCAGGGACAGAAAUAGUGGUCCACAGAAUGAGAUUGCUCCAGAGACCCGGGCCUUCCAACCGCCACACCUGAUGAAUCCCCGACAGAUUCACCCAGCCUCUCUCCACCCUCACAUCCACGGGGCCCCACAGCAGGUCAUGUUUGACAUGGAACAGGUUCCUGUGAGCACACCGGUAUCUAUGACACCAUAUGCAAUCCCAGUGUGCACAGGGCCUCAUCUCCCAGUGUGCACUGGGGCCCACCACCCAGUCUGUAGCACGGCGCCCACAUGGUCAAUCCCAGGUUGUGGUGUGCCACUGCCGUCCUGUAAUAUGCAGCACAUCCCCACAUGUAGCCUGCCACAGAUUCCAUUUCAUCCAGGCUCCAUCCCGCCUCUGUUUCAUCAUCACCCUGCCGCCAAUCAUAUACCUCCACAGCAUCUAGCUCCACCCACUCACUUUAAUCCAAGUGCUCGAGGGCACUCUGAGGAAGAAGUUUCUGGUCUCCUAGAUCAGCGAUCCCGGUUUCCCCUACACCCAGGGACAUUACACCCUCAUGGUGCCACUCCUUUUACCGCCUCUGCCCCAGUCAUGUUGCAGGAGCCACAUGUACACCCUACACCUCAUGAUAUUUAUGGUCCAUUUCAGCGUCACUUUGCUCGUCAACGUACAAGUGGAAGAAAUGGACGUCUCCGUUCACUUCCCCUUCCUCCUCCUCCUUACCCAGGAUUCCUGUUACACUUCCUGGCCAUGUUGGGUAAUCCUCCGAUGCCUUAUGGCAGAGACUUCCAUGAAGAUGCAACAGAAGUUGAAAAUUACGAGGCAUUGCUAAACUUGGCUGAGAGAUUAGGGGAGGCCAAACCAAAGGGUCUGACCAAACAUGAGAUUGAACAGCUUCCGGCCUACAGAUUUAACAAGGAAAAUCAUCACUCAGACAUGGACCAGACCUCCUGUGUGGUGUGCAUGUGCGAUUUUGAAAAUAGACAAUUAUUACGGGUCCUGCCAUGCAGUCAUGAAUUCCAUGCCAAGUGUGUCGACAAGUGGCUGAAGACAAACAGAACAUGCCCAAUUUGCAGAGCUGAUGCCACAGAAAUAGCCAGCCAGUCUGACUAAGGAAUCAAAGUGACAGCACAAAAGUGUUUCUUAUUUAUUAUUUGGUCAAACUGGUUUUUAUUUCUUAAAAACUGAAGCAGAUGUAAGAAAACAGAAAAAUAGGAUUUGGUGCAUAUAUAUUAUUUGUUAUUAUUGAAUGUUUCUCUUUUUUUUAUUAUUAGUAAUAGAUGCUUUGUUAUAUAGAUAUAUAUAUAAAAAUAUAUAAUUUCACUUAAUACUUGAGCAUACAGCUAUACAAUGCUUUUUGUUUUUAUCCACUAUAACAAGUAUAUCCCUGUUUUUUGUUGAGGUGAAAGGUUUUUUUUCCUUGCAUAAUGAACUGAUGUGGUUGUUUCAGGGAUGUUUUUUUUCACAUCAUAAAUAUUUUAUGAAGCCAGUAUCCAUAGCCUAACAUCUUGAUUAAUUGUGUAUAUUUAUUGUUUAUGUAAGUUUUGAUCAGUAAAAUGGUAAAUGACAAAGCUUGUGUAUGUACAGUAAUAUUUUUGUAGGCCUGUAGACAGACAGAUCCCAGCAAUGUCUACAUGAAUAACAAAAAUAUUCAAUUAAGAAACCAAAAACAAUGUUUAAAAAAAGAAAUUAGAAGAGGUUUUUUUUAUUUCUUUUUUGACAAUCAGCAGUAACUUGAACUCAAUAUUAAAAGUAGUGCCUUUGUGUAAAAGCAGUGAAGGCUCAAGCAUGCAGGUAUUUGUUUUGUUGGGGUUGGGGUUUUGUUUACGUGUCCGUGUUUGUUAGUAGUGAUUUUGUACACAUAACUGUACAUGUAUAACAAUGGAUAGUGUUAUCCUCUUGUUCUAAAAUUAUAUACAGAUUUUAAUGCAAAGUUUUCUUUUAUUAUCCAAGGAAACUAGAAUUUAAGACCUUGUUAAUAUUUGUUACUUGUAAUAAAUUUAUUAUUAGAUCUAAAAAAGUAUUUAUUACAUUUUAGGCCAAUUCAAUUUAGAGCAAAUUCAGUAUUAAAAUGUUUAUAUGUAUUUCUUUUGUUUAGAGCAAUGCAGAUUUAUUGACAAGAUUUACUUUUGUCACAAAAUUGAAUUGGCCUUUGUUCAGAUAAUAUAUAUUGUAGGAAUUUUGUCCUUGUUUUGUUUUCAACAUUUUGUUUAAUGUGUGCAGUCUUGCAUUAAGAGAUGUUUAUAAGGGAGUUAGUUGAAAAAAGAGGAAACAACAGUUAUAUUGUGUAAGAUCCACCUCGUUGUAAUGGAACCAGUGUUAGAAUAGAAGAGCAAUCAAAAUGAUAUCCAUUUAGAAAUAUACUUUCAAUAUUUGUCUCGACUGCAGAUGAAUUUUGAACUUUGUAAACCAUAGGAUUUGAGUAUUAAUUUGGUACAAUGAAACCAUUUGAUUAUUAAGCAAUAAUUCCAAAAAUGUUCAUCCAGGCUGUAUUGUCUUGGUAUUGCUUAAAUUGUAUCCUUAUAGAAUGAAAAACUUUUAUUAUAAGAGUUACACAUUGAGAACAUAUACACCCAGCUAUAUUUCAUUUAAUUGUGAAAGCUGAGCAACAUGCUUAACUAGCGUAUCUAGGCACCUAUUUAUUUCUUUCUGCGGAGAAAUCAAAAUGGAGAAACAUUAUAUAUAUAUAAGCAGAUUUUGAAUCCAGGGCAUUUGAGCCAAAAUGUAUGAAUUUUUUUCCCCUUCAAAUUUAUAUUGUAGCUUGGAAAAUAAUGGCUUUAUGUAAUGCAAAGUAUUUCCAUGAAGAUAGUAAGAUGAUCUGCAGUUAUGCCAUUGAACCUACGCACAAUAAGGAUAUUGCAGUAUGCAACAAAUGUUUGUUGAAUUUUAUUCUGAUUCCAUUUGUUUAUUGUAAUCUUCAUUAGAAAGGGGGAUGUGAAUUCCAAUGUUUGCAAUUUUUUCUCUAAAUUUUUGGUAAUUCGCUCACAUACAAUAAAUUAAAAUAUUUGAGUAUUGAAUAUAAAAACAGAGACAUUCUUGAGCAGCAUUUUUAAACGUAUUUUUGACCCAGUUUAUGUAUGUGUUUUAUUUUAACAUUUGUUCUGCUCUACAAAGAAUUUGAAAUGCCCAUGCCCCAUGUAAUGUGGAAUUUUACAAGUGCCUUGAUAUUUCAGAAUUUUUUCCCCUCACCUAUUUCUUUUGAUCUGAUAGAAAGCUGUGCAUUGAGAGCUAAUUUUCAGUGAUAGCCAAACAGUUCUACCUCUCUACAGAUGUGACCAUGGUCGUGAUUUGUCGCAACUCAUGUUUUUACCCACACAUUUUUGUUUUGCUUUCAUUUCUUAGUAUAGUACUAAUAAGCAGCUUUUUUCAUUUUAUCAUUACAUUGUGAAGAAGGAAGAGGUGGCAUUUCUUCUUCUGGUAUUGAUGUUCUUUGGCAAGACACAGUGUUACAAAGUAAUAUUAUUCAUAUUUUAUCAAUAUUUGUGUCAUAUUAAUCUACCUUUUCAAAUAUUUGUUUUUUUUUUCAUGCAGUGCAAGUCAAUCAAAACAUAGAAUUUCACCCUGAUAUACUCUAGUAAUAAUAGACUACACUGUAUUAUGCUGUAAAGCACAAUAAAAGAAUAAAAAUUA